UUCUUGCCGUCGAGCCUCGUACAAAGUUCUGAUUUUUUUGGGAAUGUCCGGUUGAGGUCCAAGUCCGCGGUCCCUUUCGUACUGAGAGAGCGAAGCGGGCAUGGCCAGGGCUCCGUGAAGGCCAUGGCGGCGCCCGAGGAAGCAAAACGACAAAUACCACUCAAGGAUUACCGCAACAUAGGAAUUAUGGCUCACAUAGAUGCUGGAAAAACUACAACCACAGAGCGCAUACUUUUUUACACUGGAAGGAAUUACAAGAUUGGGGAGGUUCACGAGGGAACAGCGACAAUGGAUUGGAUGGAACAGGAACAGGAGAGAGGAAUCACUAUAACCUCUGCAGCAACCACCACCUUUUGGAACAAUCACAGAAUUAACAUCAUCGAUACUCCUGGCCAUGUCGACUUCACACUGGAAGUGGAGCGAGCACUUAGGGUCUUAGAUGGUGCUAUAUGCUUGUUUGACAGUGUUGCUGGUGUGGAGCCACAGUCUGAAACUGUGUGGAGGCAAGCUGAUAGAUAUGGGGUUCCUAGAAUAUGUUUUGUUAAUAAAAUGGAUCGUCUCGGGGCUAACUUUUUUAGAACAAGAGACAUGAUCGUCACGAAUUUGGGUGCCAAACCUCUUGUUCUUCAACUACCCAUUGGUGCUGAAGAUACCUUUAAAGGAGUAGUUGAUCUGCUGAAAAUGAAAGCUAUUGUGUGGUCAGGAGAAGAACUAGGUGCAAAAUUUUCAUAUGAAGACAUACCUGAAGAUCUCCAAGAUAUGGCUCAAGACUACAGAACCCAGAUGAUUGAAACUGUUAUUGAUCUUGAUGACAAAGCUAUGGAGAGCUAUCUAGAAGGUAUUGAACCAGAUGAAGAAACCCUAAAGAGUUUGAUUAGGAAAGGCACCAUAGGAGGAAGUUUUGUACCGGUUCUGUGUGGCUCGGCUUUUAAAAACAAAGGUGUUCAGCCAUUGCUCGAUGCCGUUGUAGAUUACUUGCCUUCACCAAUUGAGUUGCCACCAAUGAAGGGUACUGAUGCUGACAAUCCGGAACUUAGCCUUGAAAGGAGCCCAAGUGAUGAUGAGCCUUUUGCUGGGUUGGCUUUCAAGAUCAUGAGUGAUCCAUUUGUAGGAUCCCUUACAUUUGUCAGAGUGUAUUCAGGGAAGCUGGCUGCAGGUUCAUAUGUUCUCAAUGCUAACAAAGAUAAGAAAGAGAGGAUUGGAAGGCUACUGGAAAUGCAUGCCAAUAGUAGAGAAGAUGUUAAAUUCGCCUUGACUGGUGAUAUUGUUGCCCUUGCUGGUCUCAAAGAUACAAUAACUGGAGAGACGCUGUGUGAUCCAGAAAAACCCAUAGUACUUGAGAGAAUGGACUUCCCGGAUCCUGUUAUCAAAGUUGCAAUAGAACCCAAGACCAAGGCUGAUGUUGAUAAGAUGGCAAAUGGAUUAAUUAAACUUGCUCAAGAAGACCCAUCUUUUCACUUUUCUAGAGAUGAGGAGAUCAACCAAACUGUUAUUGAAGGCAUGGGAGAACUGCAUCUUGAGAUCAUCGUUGAUCGACUGAAGAGGGAAUUCAAGGUUGAAGCAAAUGUAGGUGCACCUCAGGUUAACUAUCGUGAGAGCAUCUCGAAAGUUUCAGAAGUUCAGUACAUCCACAAGAAGCAAUCUGGUGGACAAGGGCAAUUUGCUGACAUCACAGUUCGGUUUGAGCCAUUGGAGCCAGGCAGUGGGUAUGAAUUCAAGAGCGAGAUAAAGGGAGGAGCAGUGCCUAAAGAAUACAUCCCUGGGGUUAUGAAAGGACUUGAAGAAUGCAUGAGCAAUGGUGUGCUUGCUGGUUACCCUGUUGUUGAUGUUCGAGCUGCUUUAGUUGAUGGAUCCUAUCACGAUGUGGAUUCAAGUGUUUUGGCAUUUCAACUAGCUGCAAGAGGUGCUUUUAGGGAGGGAAUUAGAAAGGCGGGUCCGAAACUACUGGAGCCAAUUAUGAAGGUUGAGGUGGUAACCCCAGAAGAGCAUUUGGGUGAUGUUAUUGGCGAUUUGAAUUCAAGAAGAGGCCAGAUCAAUAGUUUUGGGGAUAAGCCUGGCGGUCUCAAGGUUGUUGAUGCAUUGGUGCCGCUUGCUGAAAUGUUCCAAUAUGUGAGUACACUUCGUGGGAUGACGAAAGGACGCGCUUCUUACACAAUGCAGCUUGCCCAGUUUGAUGUUGUCCCACAAGACAUCCAGAACCAGCUCUCGUCAAAAUCGGAAGCUGUUACAGCUUAGAUUUACAAAGGGUUUUGUUGUUGAACCGACAAUUUGUUCUUUUGAUCUUCAAGUUUUAGAUCAGGUAUAAAAAUGUGAAAAAACAAUUUUGAGGCUUGCCAGGAAAUGCCUCCUAUUUAUUUGAAAGUAGCUUCUCAGCAAACUAGUCAAAUUAUUUGUAUACGUGCAAUUUUCUUUGCUGGAAUUUAUGAAUUUCCUUCAGCCAGUUCAUCGCAUCCAGUGUUAGGAGUCACUAGGGUGGUGUCGACGCUUUUGAAUUGUGCAUUAAAGUAUGUAUUUGAAAGUCUCCAAUUGUAUUUAUAUUGACAUGACGAGCAUGUACUUAUUUGAAGUUCUACAAAUUUA